CUUCCACAACUGUUCUAGCUGAGUAGCCAGCUGCUUCCUGUGCGAGUGAAGUGUCGGAAACAUGGUUAAUACCUGGUACCUUGUGUGUUCUCUCUUCUUCUGUUACUUUGUUCCAGAGUUUGUGAGCGCGGCCUCCCAGCUCCCCGGAAUAAAGAACUACCAGGUGGUGAAGCCACACAGACUGCACGUCAGGCAGAAACGAGAGAGCCAGGGUCUUUAUCCAUCUGUUGUUCGGUAUGGAGUGCCUGUGGAAGGCAAAGAGCUUGUGAUACACCUCGAGAAGAAUGAGGGUCUAUUUGGCAAGAACUACUCAGAAACCUACACAUUGGAGAAUGGGACCGAAGUGCACGACAACCCAGUCUAUCUGGAUCAUUGCUAUUACCAUGGUUACAUAAAGGGGGACAACGACUCCGCGGCCAGCUUCAGCACUUGUGAUGGACUCAGUGGUUAUAUCCGCACUGAUGGCCAACGAUAUCUAAUAGAACCUCUAAAGGAAUCAGUCAGCAAUGAGCACGCACUUUAUAGAUAUGAGGAGCUCGUGCUGCCACUGAAGACUUGUGGUGUGGUGAACACUUCGUGGGACAGUCCGGAGCCAAAGGUGGAAGAGACCUUUAAUUCUCCAAAUGAGAGGAACGCGUACCUGAAAGCAAGGAAAUUCAUUGAAGUGUACGUGGUGGCAGAUUACUCAGAGUUCCAGUAUCUUGGUUCCAUUGCAGCAGUGAAGAACAGAGUGUUUGAGGCAAUCAAUCACAUCAACCUGUUGUACAGGCCACUUAACAUACACGUGGCUUUGAUUGGCCUGGAAAUCUGGUCCGAAGGAAAUAAAAUAACCGUUGUAACCGAUCCCAACAAAACUCUGAACAACGUGUUGGCGUGGCGUAAAACGAAGCUGCUAUUGAUUAAGAAACACGACAACAUCCAAUUCAUCACUUACGUGGAUUUCGAUGGAAGUACCAUUGGGCUGGCUCCAAUGCAUGCAAUGUGCACCCCUGACUCCGGAGCAAUUAAUCAGGAUCACACAAGUAAUGUCCACGGGGUUGCCUCGACCAUCGCUCAUGAGAUGGGACACAACCUGUGGAUGGAACAUGACGAUACGACUUGCCUUUGCAAAACUGGUAAUUGCAUCAUGUCUCCUUCCUUAAGCUCACAGUUACCAACGGAGUUCAGUUCCUGCAGUCACCAGAAAUUCCAGAACUUCAUUCUAAACAAAGGCGCUUCCUGUGUGCUGAAUGUUCCCAACCUGGAUGAGAUUAAGGCAGCGCCCAUCUGCGGCAACCACUUUGUGGAAAAGGGGGAAGACUGUGACUGUGGCAGCCCAGAGGAAUGUAAAAACCCUUGCUGCGAGCCUCGGACAUGCAAAAUGAAAGAGGAAGCACAGUGUGCUGAUGGGGAAUGCUGCCAAGAUUGCAAGAUCAAAGCCGCGGGCUUACUGUGCAGGAGUGUGAAACAUGAAUGUGAUCUUUCAGAGAAUUGCGAUGGCAAGUCCAACAAAUGCCCACUAGAUGCGUUCCGCCAGAACGGAUCCCCUUGCAAGAGAGGGAUGGGCUUCUGUUACAAUGGAAAGUGCCCUACUCACCAGGACCAGUGUGUGUCUCUGUGGGGCUCAGAUGCUCGGCAAGGAGUCAGUCGAUGUUUUCAAAGCAAUACAGCCGGUGCUCAGCACGGUUACUGUAAGAAGACAACCACAUACCAACCCUGCAAAGCUAAAGACAUAAUGUGUGGGCAGCUAUACUGUACCGGUGGGGAGAUGACACUGCGUUAUGGCUACAAUACUCUAACGUUAGGAAGAGAUGAAUGCCGCUCCUUCAUAGACAAAGCUGGAGUUAACCCAGGACUGGUGCAAGAUGGAAUAAAGUGUGGAACCAACAAGAUGUGUUUGAAUGCAGAAUGCGUCGAAGUCAGAGUCAACAACUGCUCCAACAAGUGUCCCCCGCACGCGAGCUGUAAUCACCUGGACCAGUGCCAGUUUGAGGAGGGAUACACAGAACAGAACAGCUUCCUCCCUACAGCCGCAAUAAUUGUCAUUAUUUCAAUCCUGGUGUUAAUCAUCGUCAUGGUUGGAGUAGGAUGCAUCAUAUAUAAGAAGUGCACAAGAAAGAGCAGACCUCUGCCACGGACCCAGCCACCUCAGACGUCUGGAGUCAUAAACCCAGUCUUUGCAGGGAGCACUCCUGCAACCCCACAAAUGCAAAGGAUCAGCAACCCUAAGAGUCCAAUGCCGAGGGCUCCACCCCCUGUUCCAUAUGCCAAGCCACCACCAGCAACUAAACCUUUGACCAAGCCUCCACAGGCUCCACCACCCAAGCCAACGCAUCCACCAGCCCACAAGCCUCCACAGGUUCCAGCACCCAAGCCAAUGCAUCCACCAACCUCCAAGAUCUUGAUGCCUCCAGGCAGACCAAGAAACUAACCAUCAGAUGCUGCCUGGCUUGUGGACUUUCUCCAGCCUUUUCCGUAUUUUGCUCAAGAUUUCCAGCAUCUGCAGAAUGCCUGCUCUGAAGAAGUUUAAAUCUUCUCUUCAGGACGUUAGUGAGACGCCCUCUCACUGCUUCCCUUCUGUAAUCUCGGACUCCUCAGCCAUGUGCUCACCCAGACUCAUUACCACGACCACGUGUCCUUUCCUGGGGACUUGACUCUGCUGCCACCUUGUGCCACAUGGUUUCCAACUCCAUUUCCAGGCCACCCUGCUCAGUCGCAGUGAGGAUGCCGGGUUCCUGCUUUCAACUGACUGCUUUUCCCACCGAUCCCCCCUCUGGAUUCUACACAGAGCCCCCUCCACCAUGCAGGAAACCUGAGAGCCCUACCUGCCACAGCUCGGGGUCUCAGUCAAUACUGCCUGGCAUGGACCUCUCUCAACACUUCAUCUUCUGCUGGAUUCAUGCCUUCAGAUGCUGGCUCUUCUCCUUCCUUGAUUCCAGAAAGGAUUAAAAGAUCACCCACCUGCAGACCCUGGCCCCUGCCACCUCCAACUCCAGCUCCCACCUCAGCCAUGAGAGCCUCCAACUCCCACCUCAGCCAAAACAGCCUCCAGCUCUGGCUCCAGCUUCAGCCAUGGCCGCCUCCACCUCAAGGCUGAGAGUCUCUCUGCUGCCAGAUCCUAUGAUUCAUCUUCUGCCAAUACUCCUCACAAACCCCUAAUGUCAGGCUCCCCUCUACCCUCCCCCCCCCCGCUUCCUCUGAGCUGCCGUAUCCCUUUCUCCCCAAUUUCCACAAAAAUCCCCAUAUUCCUUUCUCCUAUCACCCCUCCAACUCUCUACCUUCUGCUGACCCCAGUUCUAAUCCCUGUAUUGUGUUUACCAACCCCUCCGUCAUCCUCCUCUCAGAGGCAGAGUUCACUGUCCUCACACCGCAGUGAGUUCCACAGCUGCCGUAAGGCUGAAUUCCUCCGUCACCACCAUAUCUGAGCCCACUUCUUUGCCAAGGAUUCCCCAACUCCAACAAGUGACACCUUCUUCUGUCCUCAGUCCUCCUCCUCAUCUUGGACACAGUGCUCUGAUCUUCUACUUGCUUUGGAUCUCUUCAUCUCUAACUGUUGAGACAUCAACAGUCUUGACUUCAGCACGUAACUUAUCCUUCUCGAACCUUACCCCCGCUGAGCGCAUUGCCCUACUCUCUUACCGUCAAUCCCAACAUUCUCACCAAACCUGCAGCAAGUGGGCUGACCUCGACCUUGCUGAGCAAGGCAGAAGCUCUCAGACACCUCCUCUUAUCCCUUGAACAGGAUCCCACCAUCAAGGUAUUGUAUCCUUCAUCAUCACCAAUCUCAUCGGCUCUGAAGAUCUCCUCUCCACUUUCACCAACCUCAUGGUUCCUGUACCCCGUACUGCUCAUUUCUACCUCUUACCCAAGAUCUACGAAUCUGACUGCCCGGAUAGGCCUGGUCCUGCCCUACUGAGCUUGUGUCCGCAUACCUCAGCCUUAUUUGACCCCCGUGGUUCAGUCCCUUCCUGCCAACAUCUAUGAUACUUCACAAGCUCUUGAUCACUCCAAUCACUUUAAGUUCCCUGGCCCUAAUCUCUCAGUUUUACUCUGAACACCCAGUCCCUAUACACUAAUAUCUCCCCAUCAGGAAGGCCUUAAAACUCUCUGCUUCUUUCUGGAAAACAAACCAAACCAAUUACCCUCCACCACCACUCUCAUCCUCAACAAUUUCCCUUUCAGCUCCUCCCACUUUCUCCAAACCCAAAUACAGUCAUAGGCACCUGCAUGAGUCCCAGCUGUGCCUGCUCUUUCAUCAGCUACGCGGAACAGUCCAUGUUCCAAGCCUACACUGGUAAAACUCCUCAAUUCUUUCUGCACAACAUUGAUGGCUGCAUUGGCACUGCUUCCUGAACCCAUCCUGAGUUCAUCAAUUUCAUCAGCUUUGCCUCCAAACCAGCCUGCCUUCAGAUUUACUUACACCUCCUUCCCCUUUCUCGAUCUCUCUGUCUCCAUUCCUAACCACCGGCAUCUUUUGUAAACCUACUGACUCGCACAGUUACUUUGACAAUAUCUCUUCUGACCCUGCCAAUUGUAAAAGUGGUAUCCCCUUUUUCCAGUUCCUCCAUCUCCACCUCAUCUGUUCUCAGCAUGACACUUUCCAUUUUGGAAGAUCUGGAACACAUCCUCCUUUUUCAAAGAAUUGUGCCUUCCACCACCAUCAAUACUGCUCUCAUCUGCAUCUUCUCCAUUUUCCUCACAUCUGCACUCACACCAUCCUUCUCCCCCCCACCACCACUAUUACAGGGUUAUUGUUCCCCUUGUCCAUAUCUACCACCCCAUUAGCCUCUGUAUCUAGCAUAUCAUUUUCAUUAACUUCUGCCAUCUACAACAGGAUCCUGUUACCAAGUACAUCUUCCCCCUCUUUCCUCACUCUCUGCUUUCUGCAAGGAUCAAUCUCCACAUGGCUAUCUUGUCCACUCAUCCCUCCCCACCAAUCUCCCUCUGGGACUUAUCCCAACAAGCAUGCUAAGUGCUAUUCCAGCCCCUACAACCCCUCCCUCACCACCAUUCAGGGCCCCAAACUGUCCCUCAUAUGAGAAGACCUGUGAGUCCUUCGGGGUCAUCUGCUGCGUCUGGAGCUCCAGGUACGAUCUUCUCUACAUCAUUGAGACCCGGCAUAGAUUAGGGGACCACUUCUUCGAGCACUUUUUGUCCUGCUGCUAUAAAAGACGGGAUUUCAUGAUGGCCACCCAUUUCAAUUCGAAUUCCCAUGCCUGUCCAUAACCUUCUCUACUGCCACGAUGAGGCCACAUUCAAGCUGGAGGAACAACAUCUGAUAUUCCAUCUGGGUAACCUCCAACCAGACGGCAUGGGCCAGGUGGCCGUCUCACCCCUUCACUUCUCCUCACCUGACAUCACCUCCCUUUGUUCCCUCUUUCUCUUCCAUGGUCCUUUCACUGUCCUCUUCUAUCAGAUUCCUUCCACUUUAGACCUUUACCUCUUCCAACUAUUCUCUCCCCUACCCUCUCCCAGCUUCUUACUUCAUCACUCCAACCCCCACCACACCUUUCCCCUCACCUGGUCUCACCUAUCACCUGCGAGCUUGUACUCAUCCUCUUCUCAAUGUCCGUCCCCCCACCUCCGACCUUCUUAUUCUGGCCCCUUCCCCCUUCCUUUCCAGUGCUGAAGAAGGGUCUUGGCCCAAAGCGUCGGCUCUUUAUUCCCCUCCAUACAUGCUGCCUGACUUGCUGAAUUCCUCCAGCACUUUUUGUCUGUUACCUCAGAUAAGAGCUAUCAUCUCCGAUCUCCCAGUUACCUGCCCCUCAUAUCAUUUGCUCAAUUUAUCUACAUAUUGAAGAAGUGAAUCUCCCAAAGCAUGUUUACCCUCUAUUUAUUCCCUCAACAUAACUAAAGGUAACGAGCAACAGAACUGGUCAAUCACAAUCUUGACAAAGAAAAGGCAGGAGAGUGUUUGAAGUAUCAACAUUUUCUGCUGCUGAUCGAUGCAAAAUUACAUAGGAGUUUUCUGACUCAUUUUCAAACAGAGAUUUAAAGCUUGGCCUUAUUUGUCUAACGUGCAUCGAAACAUUGAAAGAUACAGUGGAAUGCAUUGACUACUCCAAUAACCAGGGUCCGAGAUGUGCUGUGGGCAGCCACAAGCAUCGUCGUGCACCAGGCACAAACAUAGCAUGCUCGCUACUUCCUAAUUCAAAACUCAUGCAUCGCUUGGAAAGUGUGAGGAAGCCAGAGCGGCUGGAGAAUGGGGGAAAGCAUACAGACUCUUCACAGACAGCGGCAGGGGUUGGAGCUCGAUCUUCCCAUCACUGGCGCUACAAAGCAUCAUCCCAAUCGCUACACUAUCGAGCUACCCUAUGUGCAAUCCAAUGAUACAAUAGACAAUUUGUGUAUGAAGGUGGAGGUGAUGAACAUUUAUUCUCAAAUAAAAAUAAUUCC